AGGAGAAGACAAGUAGCAGCGGCGACGAACAGCCAUGGCUUUGAGAACGACGACCAGGAAUUUAGGAAGGAAGCUCUCAUUCAUGCUCUCUCGAACUUCUUUUUUGCACUCUCAUGCCACCAGCUUCGGAUUUAAAGAAGUUUCUGAAGAAGAAAAAGGUAGAAUGGUCGGUAAUGUAUUCAGUAGUGUUGCUUCAAGCUACGAUGUUAUGAAUGAUUUGAUGAGUGCUGGACUACAUAGAUUAUGGAAAGACAGGUUGGUCUCUAAACUGAACCCAUUUCCUGGAAUGAAGCAUCUUGAUGUGGCCGGUGGGACAGGAGAUGUUGCUUUUAGGAUUAUUGAAACCAUCAAUAGCAUUAGUCGUAGAGCAACACAAGAUAACUCUGAAAAUGACUUACAACUACAGGAUGAAACUAAGAUAUAUGUAUGUGACAUCAACCCAAACAUGCUAAAUGUUGGCAAAAACCGUGCCAUACAGAGAGGGCUGGUUGAAGACUGCUCCCUUAAAUGGGUUGAAGGGGAUGCAGAAGCCUUGACUUUUCAAGACGGCUCAAUGGAUGGUUACACAAUUGCAUUUGGUAUUAGGAAUGUUACACACAUGGAGAAAGUUCUUGCCGAAGCCUAUAGGGUACUAAAACGAGGAGGAAGAUUCCUUUGUCUUGAGCUGAGCCAUGUGGAAACUCCUGUUUUCAAACAGUUUUAUGAUUACUACUCAUUCUCAAUCAUUCCGGCUGUGGGAGAGUUCGUUGCGGGUGAUCGGGAAUCUUACCAAUACUUAGUUGAGAGCAUUCGUCGGUUUCCCUCCCAGGAGAAGUUUGCUUCAAUGAUUGUAGAUGCCGGGUUUCAGAAGGUCGAAUAUGAAAAUCUUGUGGGUGGAGUUGUUGCCAUUCAUUCUGGGAUGAAAUUUUAGUGGAUAAUCAAAUUCAAUCGUGAACAAGUUUGGGAAGGGUCUGUCUGCUCUCCAAUUCGAUCAGGCCUUCUUAAACUUAGAACUUUGCUUGCUGGAUGGCGGUGGAGUUUUCUGUCGGUGAAAGAUUGUUCUCAUGUGUCUCCUGGCUAAAUCCUUUGUUUUUUUCUCUGGUCAAUAAAAAACAGCAGCAAUGGGUUUGGUUAUGUUGAACUCCUACCCAUUGAAUAGCUAACCCAUGCAAAAUCCAAUUUGCUUAAUCUG